CAUUAAUUCCCUAUUGACUUCUCUGGAUGCUCUCAUAUCCUCUCAUAUCCUCUCAUAUCUUUCUCAUGAUCAAGGAAGAUGCAGAUUGCUGUUUCAGAGAGCCACUGAGAGUCCAAAUCAUUAUUUAUAAGCACAACGCACUUCUUCCACACCACAUGCUUCCCAUGACAGAGUUACAACAGCAUAAUGGCAACAGACUCUUACCAGACCCAACUUUGCACGUGCUAAAUCAGUUGAUCGGGCUUUCUCGGGCAGAAUCGUCACCCCCUAGGCAGGUUUCGGACAACUCUUCACAUGCCGUUAUGGCACUUUGACCACAGGUCUGGACAUUCUCACAUGUAUUCAUCCAAAACUUUCGAGAAAGUUCAGGUGUUACAAAGUCUCAUUGAGUUUCCUAUCAUGCCCUUUCCUUGCAUACUGUCCAGUUUUCUCCUCUUCAUAGCUUUAUCAGAUCUUAUCAGAUGAAACUUUUGGUUCUAGAAGCAAGACCUGCUUGGCAAGGACCCCGAUAACUGCGAUAUCGGGGCACAGCCGAAUCCUCAACAAAAAACUUGCUGGCAUUUGGUGAGCCAUUCGUGAUGAGCAACAGGCGAUGGGAUGAGAAUCCACCGCCAAUCCUUUCCAGACUCCGAUCUGUUCAGGGCUUCGGAAACUUGGGCAGGGUGAAUGUCCGGUGUGACAGUGGCCGCCACAGUGACUUUGUUCAAUCGGUUUAGGUUUCCAGGCUCCGUUAUCACUCCGGACCGGCGUGGGACAGGAGGUCUCUAGACAUAGUUGGCAGACCUCUCACCGAUUUAGCGGUUUUGCCUUGGUAAAACCCUAUAGUUCAUCACCCCUCCUGCUUGUCUUCCCCGUCGCCUAAGAAAGGUUAAUAUCGAGGCUUCACAGCGUUUUGUGUGCCCCUUUCGGUGACUUUUGUACCCGAGUUGUCUCCAUUAUCGGUCCUCGGUUGCGUCUCGAUUACGUGCCGAUCGACUUGUUCCCCGCACCCCGAACCAGCCGGAUCUUUGUGUGACAAACCGACCGCAACAACGCCAGAAUCCGGAGCGCGCCUGCUUGCAUAAGGUAGUCGCAUUAGUACUUGAAGCCGGCCUUGCCCCUCUGGCCCUCCGCGCCCGGCCCAUCUCUUUAUUCCUGCUCAACUCACCGUCCUGUCUCCCACCCGGUGCGCACACCCGAACACGCGCGCGCUCGAUCGCUCGCUUGUCCCAGUUCCCGACUCCCGUCAACCUUGAAUGAUGCGCCUCCGAAAGGCUGCCCGAGUUAUCCUUGUAGGCGCCCCGGGAGUGGGAAAGGGGACGCAGUCUGAGCGGCUGUUGCAGCGGUUUCCUCAGCUGUCAUCCAUCUCCUCUGGGGAUCUUCUCAGGCACAAUGUCAAGCAGCGGACACCUCUGGGCAUCAAGGUCGAGAGUACGAUGAAGGCCGGACUUUUGGUUCCCGAUGACCUUAUCCUUCGGUUGAUCAAUAACGAGCUCAACCAGCGCGGGUGGUUGUACUCGAGCCACCCCGCCGGCAACGUCAUGACGCUCGCUUCCUGUGCCGCCGAGACGCAGUCCUUCAGCAAUGAUGCCGACAUGGCUGCCUUCAUUUCGCACCCAGCGCAUGCUCGUGGUGGUUACGGCUCACCUUCAGAAGAUCCCUCGGCUUCGUUUCUUCUCGAUGGGUUCCCUCGUACCGCGACACAGGCUGAACGGCUCGACGAGACAAUUCCCAUUAACAUGGUUGUGUCACUGAAGACGCCGCUGGCGGUCAUUAUGGAGCGCAUCUCUGGGAGAUGGGUGCAUGAGGCUUCGGGCAGGGUUUACAACACUACUUUCAACCCACCCAAGGUUGCUGGUGUCGAUGAUGUCACUGGAGAGCCGUUGGUCCGCAGAGCAGACGACAGCGAGGAGGUCUACCGCCAACGAUGGAAGAAGUUUGAGGAGACGAGCGAGCCAUUGUUGGAACACUACGCUCGCAAGGGUGUGCUGUGGGAGGUGUCGGGAAUGAGCAGCGACGAGAUCACCCCCAAGCUCAUGCGUGAGUUUGAGCGUCGCUUUGCUGAAUGA